GCAUCGUACAUGUGCAAUUAUAUGUUAAAUACUAAACCAUUACCUUUUGAUUACUUUCAUUCAUUCUUCCUAUAUAUGUUGGUUUUAUGGAAGCUUUGCUUUUCAAUGUUUUACGAUUAUCAGUCACCAGAUAUAACCAAAGCUACUGAUGUUAUGGUUGCUAUUUGUUCUAUAGGAAUAGUUAAUAUUAGUCCUAGUUCUUUCUGCUGUAGCAAUGGAUGAACAACAUAAGAAGCUCUAUAUGGACAAUCUGGUGGGUAGAAAACAGCCAGCGGAAAGUACUCUUACUAAAGGUAAGCUUCUUGAGAUGUUAGGUACCACAAACUAUACUCGGAGAGUUGCAGAUAAGUUUGAUUUAGUAAUGAACAAUGAACUUGCUGGUGUCGUAAACGACGAUGGAACUUCGCCUAUUCAUAUUGACACGAUAAACCAAACGUUAGACGAAAUAUGUGAUAGACGGGCCAGAGAUUCGCAUGACUCUCUUUUGCCUAAUCUGGUUAAUUUGCUCAUUACAGCCCUCAGAGCCCAUUCCUUUAUCAAUAGACGGAAGAGGUUAACAAUGAGAUUGAGCCACGGCUCGAACAGUACCGAAAAAUGUCACACGCAUAGUGUCAUGCGUUUUUUCCUACACACUUUUACUUAAAACUGGCUUGCAAAUAACAACGUAUUACCAAAUUCGAUCCUUCAAACUUACUCACAUUAGCGAAUUUGGCUUUGUAUACAUACAUAAUUGUAAAGCGUAGAAUGUUUCAAGUCGUUACCUGAACCAAGAGGAGGUCACAAUUGGAUACCUCGUUAGCAUUCAUUAUAUAACAACCUGUUAUAAGAAUGGAAUAUUAGCGAAUAUCUUUAAUAUUCAUAAGCUUAAAG